GUGAUAGCAGCAAGUGAAACAAUGGCAGUGCAGUUUCAAAAAUCCAGAAAUGACCUGACAACACGAUUAUAUGGCGUCUGGUCCAAAUAUCUCGCAAAAGUAUCAUUUUUGGCCGGAUUUUUCCUCUAUAAUUCAGCAUCGAUGUCAUUCGAUUCGCAGCAAUCAGUUUCAAAACUUGAAUCGGAACUACAUCAAAUAUUCGAGAAAUGUGUGAGAGUUUUUGGACCACUUCUGGAGCCGUUUGGUGCUGGCUUUGCACCUUGGCAACCUGCAGAUGCUGAAGUUGCUGUUGCCGUUCUGGAGAAUUUUAUGUCGCUGUUGGGGCAUCUUCAUUUGUUAUACGACGCAUAUUUUCCACCCGGUUCUGAAAAUCUCGCCACUCUUCUGUGGCGUUACUAUGCGGAAAAAAUUGCCAUACUUGUGCGUGGUGGUGCACAUGUUCACCAGAUUAUCGUGAGUUAG